UCAGUGCGGAAUUUUUGUCUGGCCAAUCAAAUGUAAGAGGUGGUUCUAAGCUCCUCCCACUUCUCUGCGUUAAAGUUGACUUACUUGAUCAAAAGCGCUUCCUGAGAACCACACACACACACACACACACACACACCCGUGCACGCAGACUUUGAAGAUGCUAAAGGGGAAAGUAGCUGUAGUGAGUGGAGCAGCUCGGGGACUGGGAAAAUCCUUCACACACAUCCUGCUAGAAAAUGGAGCUCAGGUGGCCAUGUUGGAUGUGGACGAGGCUGAAGGUCAGGAGCUGCAGGUGCAGUUGAAUCAGCAGUUCGGUUCGGAGCGAACGCAGUUUUAUAAAGCAGACGUGGCGUCGGAGCUGCAGUUCACUGAUGUGUUCCAGAAGAUUGUCAGUAAAUUUGGUCACAUCGACAUUUUCUGUAACAACGCAGGAAUCGUGGACGAGAAAAACUGGGAGAAAACUGUGUCCAUAAACCUGUCAGGUGUGGUGAGAGGAACGUAUUUGGCUCUGGAUCACAUGAAGAAGCAGAACGGUGGAAAUGGAGGAAUUAUCAUUAAUGUAGCAUCACUGGCAGGUCUUGGUCCGUUGCCGUCAGCUCCAGUCUACACAGCGACCAAGUUCGGAGUGGUGGGAUUCACCCGUGCGCUCUCUAUGGCAUCUCAGGCCUCAGGUUACGGUGUGAGGAUUAACGCUUUGUGUCCGAGUUUCGUCAGAACAUCACUGAUCGACUCGUUUGAUCAGAAAGAGAAAACUGGAAAUUUUCACAAUCUGGCUGCAAUCACACACAGUCUGAUGGACAAAUUCCCCAUCAUCGAGGUGGAGCAGGUGGCGAAGGCGUUUCUCCACUUGGUGAAGGAUGAGUGUGUGGAUGGAGCAGCUCUUUUGGUGAAGAGCACAGGUGCAGAGUACGUCAUCUUCCCUAAAGAUAUGGAGACCACGCCCAUCUCUAUCUAACCACUGAAACCUGACGUGCCUCCAAUCACAUUCACUCGGAUCAAAAUCAGAUUCCCAUAAACAUAAAAAUAAACCAAACCUGUCAAAACCUG